AUGGCACUGCUCGCCGCGGGUGCCGAUGUGUGGGCUCUCGGGACCAACGGCGAGACGGCCAUGUCAAUUGCCUCGGCUGUGCUCAACAAGUCCGACAGCGCCAAUAAUCUGGCUACAAAGGAAGUCUACAACCUCAUCGUUGGUACAAGCUCUAUCCCGGAGCGUGUUGCUGACCACGUCCGUGAGGCCAUCGCUGCCGGUGGCGACAAUAGCAGCGGUGCAGGCGCCUCUGCUGGGACCUCCACUCGCGUGGACAAACUCGAGGCCGAGCUCGCCGACACCAAGGCCGAGCUCGCCGACACCAAGGUCGAGCUCGCCGACGUCAGGGAUCACGUCACCAUCGCCACGGGCAACAUCGCCGCCUUCCAGGCCGACCGCGCCAACAUCCUCCAGCACGUCGACAAGGCCAUCGCUAUCUUCCAAGCACGCCGCUACGCCCACACCGCCGCCGGGACAUCGUCUGCGGGCGACGCAAUGCCGCAGUAA